AUGGGAAAUCGGCAAAAAGGUCGCGAAACUGAAUCAUGGGAACUUGAUGAAAUAUCAAAUUUAGUUUGCAUUCCACGAUAUCAAUUAGACAAAAUUUACAAAGAUUUUCGUCGCGUAUCAAAAAAUUAUCUUCUUGAUAAAACUGAAUUUCGUCGUAUUUAUAAAGAUUUAAAAAGUUAUUCACCCAAUCCUCCCGAUUAUCCACACUUAUGUGACUAUGAAAUCAAUCGACGAAACAAUGCAAUGGCUGAUCGAAUAUUUAAAACAUUCGAUAGAGAUAACACAGGACGUUUAACAUUUAAUGAAUUUAUUUCGGCUUAUAUUCUAUUACAAAGUGCGAUAAGUCCAGAAAGACGUUUACAAUAUUUGUUUCAGCAAUAUUCGCAAGAUGAUGACUAUCUAACACCAAUUAUGGGUCGACGCAUGAUAGAAAAUAUGUCCGAUUUAUAUGGUGUUAAUACUGAUUAUCAACAAGUAUGGAAAAGUUUAGAAGCUUAUUCUGGUUCCCAAAAUGGACACAUACCACAAGCGGCAUUGAAAAACUAUUUUCUAAAUGAUCCAGCUUAUGCAUCUGCUUUUUGCAAUGGUGUACAAGUACCUUUACCGCCGCCAUCGCCUCAAUUCUAA